CUUGAGAAGUGUUAGUUUUUCCUCACCACCAUUUAUUUCAUGGGGCACGUGGUGACAGACAAGGGACUCCAACCGGAGCCGCAGAAGGUGGCAGCUGUCAGGGACGCGCCAGUGCCUACCACUAUCACGCAAGUUCGCGCCUUUCUGGGCCUAGCCUCGUAUUACCGAAGAUUUAUCAAGGGCUUCGCGGCGAUUGCGGGACCCCUCACAAAUCUCCUCCACAAGGAUCAGCCGUUGAUCUGGACGCCGAAGUGCGAUCAAGCGUUUUUCAAACUCAAGGCUGCUCUCAUUUCGGCUCCGGUCCUUAUAAGACCGAAUCCUGAAAAGCCUUUUGUUCCCAUCACCGACUGGGAGCCAGAGGCGAUUUCGGCGAUCCUUGCCCAGGUGGGACCAAUCAGACUCGAGAAUGUGGUAGAGUAUGCGUUCCAAUCAGUACCCGCCUGCAAGCGCAACUACGCCGCUCCGACGGAAGAAUGCUAUGCGGCUCUUUGGGGAAUCAGUCACUUUCGUGCUUACCUGUACGGGCGAAAAUUCACCCUGGUGACUGACCAUGAGCCCCUGUUGGCUCUGAAGAAGUCGAAGGAUUACUCGGGCAUGAUCGGGCGAUGGGCAACGGUGUUGCAGAGCAUGGACUUUGACAUCUUCCAUCGAAAGCACGAGAAACACGAGAAUGCGGACAGGCUGACACGUCUGCAUCGGCCUGAGAAGGUUCCAAAGGGUGAGGAGGUGAUUCCGUGGAACGAACCCGAACAGGAGAUCGGACCUCGAUACGGCCAAGUGGAGAUCUUAUCGAAGCAGUAAAUGGCACGAGGACUAAUUGUUCUGUUCUACCCUCCCUGUAUCCUCUCCUCCUCUAACAUCAUGGUUACUCCACUCGCCUCCGCAACCCCUUCAUCUCCUGCUAAUUCUGCCCCUCUCACGUCCUCCGCUUUCUUUGUCACCCUCCCCGAUAAAUUCUGUUAUUUUUG